AUGUCCAGCACGCGGAUGCAAGAGCUGCAGGCCGAGGUGGCAAGCUACGACUUGGAUGUGCGCGACGCCACGUGCGACCAGCUCCGGGUGAUCUUGCGCGCGCUGAGGGCCGAGGGCCGCGAGAGCACGCCGCAGGACAACUACAUCCCGGGGCUCGGCAAGAAGAACAAGGAGGAGCUCCAGCAGCUGUGCCGGGACCGCAAGAUCGAGUUCGACCAGCGCACGACCGUGCCGGAGCUCAGGCAGCGCCUCAAGGGCUGGAAGGUCGAGGACGCGGCCAGCAGUGCCUCGGCAACGGCGGCUCAUCCGAGCUCACAGAUCACCGGGGACGACAAGAUACGCUUCGGCAAGUACCCCACGGCGGACUACCGCUGGGUGCUCAAGAACGACCUGGGCUACGCGCAGUGGGCGGUCCUGGAGCUCAACAGCAACCGGGCAAGCCCGCUCCUGGCGCGGUUUGCCAGGGUCAAGGCGCACGGAGUGCAGCCCCUCGCCCCGGAGAAAGCCAAGACCACCUCGGAGGCAGCGAUGGCCGAGGAGGCGGUGCUGGACGACGAGUGGGCGGCGCCGGCGGCGACGACCACGAGGGCCUCAGCAAGCCAGGGGAGCUGGGCCGGGCAUCGGCGCCAGCGUCCUCCGGAGCCGCGCGAGAUGGACACCGGCGACAUGGGCUUCGAGAAGGCGGGCGAGACUAACAGGGAGGAUCACCCGAGCAUCAAGAAGGGCAAGCGCGUCGGCCUCCUCUACCAGGUCACGGGCUUGCUGAGCGCCUUCGCCUUUCAGACGGUGCUCACCGCGGACUGGCUGGCUAGACCUCUCAAGCCAGCGGCGCAGCAUGCUACCAGUGCUGCGCGAGACAUGGUCGACCACGUCCAGAACGUCAAGGAGGCCUACAGCGUUCACAGCCACCGCGUGGACGUCAUGCAGGUGUUCGGAGGCGAAGGCGGCAUCGCCGAGGCGGCGUGGAAGCGCCAGAUGACGGCCACAGAGGUGAUCGACCGCAAGUACGGCUGGGACUUGCGCAAGCAGAAGGACCUCGACGCGAUGUACGACCUGUACUACGCCUCGAGGCCGAAGUUCGUGUCAAUCGAGCUACCCUGCACCCACUACACGAACAUCACGCACCUCAACUUUCGGACGCCGCAGGCCGAGCAGGCGCUCCGGCGGAUCUGGAGGGCGGAGCGGCCGUUCCUGUUAUUGGCCCGCGACCUUUUCAAGUACCAGCUCGACUCUGGCGACAUGGCCAUGAUCGAGAACCCGGCCACCAGCCGGCUCUGGACACAGCGCGCGAUUUUGGAGCUACUGGCAGACGAGCGCGUGUACCAGGUGAGAUGCGACAUGUGCGAGUACGGGGCCCGACACUACAAGACGGGGGGACUCAUCAAGCACCCCGCGACGCUGCUCGUUACCCAUAAGGAGUUCGAGCAGCUGAAGCGCACCUGCAGCCACAGGCGCCACGACCAGACCUUCGGGGACAACGUGGCGGUGCGCAAGUCUGGCGCUUAUCCUGCUAAGUUCUGCCGAGCGGUGGCACGCAUCGUGGAGCAGGUUAAUCGCCAGCAAUGUGGGCAGCGCGCCUACCAGGUGGACUGCCAGACGCACUCGUCGCCCUUCAUCGUGACAGUGCCCAGGGAGCAGGCCACCGGCUACGUGAACGACACCGCGCCCCUGGGAGAAGCGGGCGAGCCUGAUGGGGACCCAGACCCCAUGGGCGGCGGAGACGACUUCGCUGACACUCACGACGUGCGGGCCGAAGAUACUGUGGACGGCAGGAUCGGGGUCGGCGCGAUUACCUUCACAAAGAAAGCAGCAGCCUGCUGCAAGCCAGCCGAGCUGGCCAUGCUCAAGAGACUUCAUGUCAACUUGGGCCAUCCGUCUAAUGAAGAUUUGGGCCGCAGCUUGCGACUCCAAGGCGCUAAGUCGGCCACCGUCCAGGCCGUCAAAGGGCUGAUCUGCGGGGUGUGCCGCUCGCAGCAGCGCCCGAGCGCGAGGAGACCAGCGCACCUCCACUUCGUGCAAGAUUUUGGAGACGACGUCGGCUUCGACUGCUUCGAGCUCAAGGGCGUCGACGGCAAGAGCUACUGGUACUUCAGUAUCGUCGACCUGGCCACCACCUUCCACGUCGCGACGCUGAUCGGUCGCCACACCAGCCAGGAGUUCGCCGCCGCGUUCGAGAAGUGCUGGGCCUCCUGGGCGGGCGUAACGGACCGAAUCCACUUCGACAUGGAGAAGGGGUUCGGCGGCGCCCUCAGCGAGCUGUUCCAGUCAUUCAACACGGUGCAUCUGCCCAUCGCCGGUCAGGCACAUUGGCAGCUCGGUCGCGUGGAACACCAGGGAGCUCGGUGGAAGGAGCUCGCGGCGAGGACAAUCGAGCACUCGUCGAUCAGGGGCGAGGACGAGAUGCGGACGCUGGCCAUCAUGGUAGCGGGCGCGAAGAACUCGCUGAGAAGGCGAGCAGGCUUCAGCCCCGCGCAGUGGGUGCUGGGACGCGACCCCAAGAUGCCUGGAGACCUAGUCGGCGAUACGGCCAACUACAGCGCCCACAGCCUCGCGGCCAACGACGAGAAGAUUCGCCGACGAUAUGCUAUUCGGACGGCGGCGCGCGAGUCGUUCAUGAGGAUGCAGAACGGCGACCAGCUCCGGCGAGCUAUGUUGGCUCGCGCGCGCACGGUGGCGACGCCCUGGUCAGUGGGCGAGAUGUGCUACGUCUUCCGCCAGGUCAAGAAGAAGGAGCAGCGGGAGCAGCACAACCGCAACGCCAAGAAGGGCAUCUGGCGAGGGCCGUGCGUAGUCAUCGGCCACCGAGGCGAGAACACCUGGGUCUCGCUAGGAGGGCACACCAUGCCGGUGGCCCUGGAGCACAUCAAGGCACUCGCUCCGGACGACGUCUGGUUCCCGAACGGCAGGGGCGAGAUCGGUCAGGCCGUGGUCGAGCUCAACCGGGCUCGCGACUCGCUCGAACAGGAAGAGGCUCCGGUGGAGGACAUCCGCCCGGCGCCUGGCGAGCCCGAGGUCAAGCCAGACGAGAUGGAGCAGGCGUGGCGGGAAUUUAUCGACAACCCGGACGACAGCGACCUCAGGCUGAACGUCUCCGAGGAUCCGCCCCAGCAGGAGCAGAUCCCGGUGCUGCCCGCCGACGUGCCGCAGCAAGCUGAAGAAGAGCGAAACCACGGCCCUGCCGAGUUCCGACGACGUCGAGCUACCUUCGACGGAGGGGACAGCGGCGACUUCGGCCCGGCCUUCAAGCGCCUCCAGACCGAGAGGGAGCACGCAGGCCCCGGCGCCCUGCCCGCAAGGGCAACUUCGCGCGACCGCGCGGCGGCGCCGGAUCAAGAGGCAGCAGCCGGACCCGAAGCAGAAGGAGCUCGCCAACGUUCGAGGUCGGCUCCAAGACAAGUGCUGCAAACCUCCAUCGUGACCGAGAGGAUCAAGCGCAAGCAGGCCGACAAGGAGAUCCACUGGAGGGCCAUCAAGGACUCCGAUCGGGAGCUCUUCAGGGAGGCGGCCGCAAAGCAGUGGAGCGAGUGGCAGAAGCAUGGCUCUUGUCAGGUACUCUCCAUCGAGGAGUCCGAGGCGAUCAGGGGCAUGGUCAAGCCCAGCCUCAUCCUGCCCAGCCGGUUUGUGUACCGGGACAAGAACGCCCCGCUGCGGACCGACAAGCAUCCAUUGCCGGUCAAGGCGAAGGCCCGACUCUGUGUCGGGGGUCACAUGGACCCGCGCCUUGCUCAGGGCGACCUGCGGACGGACGCGCCCACGGUCACCCGCAACUCGACCAUGCUGUUCUUCACCAUCUGCCAGAGGUUCGACCUGGAGAUCUACGCGGCGGACGUCGAGGCGGCUUUCAUGCAAGGCGACGAGCAGCCCGACCAGCAGCUGUAA